AACGAAUCCAAAAAACAAACCAAAUUGAAAUUAAAACCAAAAUCUUCGACUCCCAAACAACUUAGAAGUCAGCAGAGACCUUUUGUUCCCCGGCAAACCCCUCCGCUCUCUCUCUCUUCUUUUUAGGCGCCGGCUCUGCUAGAGAGAGAAAGAUCGAUAUAUAUAUAGAGAGAGAAAGAGGGAGAGAGAGGUUCUCGUUUUCAUGUUUAUAUAAAUUAUAUAGAUAUAUUCCGAAUUGGGGUUGAGCUCCGAUUGUGUGUGGUGGACAUGGACAAAGUGUUGAACAGGCUGCGGAACUUGGAUGCGUACCCUAAAAUCAAUGAAGAUUUCUUCAACCGAACUCUCUCCGGUGGUGUUAUCACCCUCGUCUCCUCCAUCAUCAUGCUCUUGCUCUUCUUCUCCGAGUUCAGAUUAUACCUCCACACUGUUACUGAAACAAAGCUUUUAGUUGAUACUUCAAGGGGAGGAACCCUUCGCAUCCAUUUUGACGUCACUUUUCCUGCCGUUCGGUGCUCAUUACUCAGCCUUGACGCCAUGGAUAUCAGUGGAGAACAACAUCUUGAUAUAAGACAUGAUAUAAUCAAGAAAAGAAUUGAUUCUCUUGGUAAUGUAAUUGAAGCAAGACAGGAUGGAAUUGGUGCCCCAAAGAUUGAGACUCCUUUGCAGAGACAUGGUGGCAGGUUAGGGAAGGAUGAGAAAUAUUGUGGUUCAUGUUAUGGUGCAGAAACGGCAGAUGAUGAUUGUUGUAAUUCAUGUGAAGAAGUUCGCGAAGCAUAUCGAAAAAAAGGUUGGGGUAUGACAAAUAUAGAUUUGAUUGACCAGUGCAAAAGAGAAGGUUUCGUUCAAAAAAUUAAAGAUGAAGAAGGUGAAGGUUGCAAUAUUCAUGGAUCUCUGGAAGUUAACAAAGUGGCUGGGAAUUUUCAUUUUGCUACUGGGAAAAGCUUUCAUCAGUCAAAUUUCCUGCAAGAUUUGCUGGCCUUUCAACAGGACAAAUACAACAUAAGUCACAGGAUCAAUAGGUUAGCCUUUGGAGACUUCUAUCCUGGAGUUAUAAAUCCCCUUGACGGGGUGCAAUGGGUUCAAGAAGCACCAAAUGGAAUGUACCAGUAUUUUAUCAAGGUGGUCCCUACUAUAUAUACUGAUAUUAGAGGGCGCACUAUUAAUUCAAAUCAGUUCUCCGUGACAGAGCAUUUCAAGAGUGCAGAAAUGGGUCUCUAUCAAUCUCUUCCUGGGGUUUUCUUCUUUUAUGACCUUUCUCCUAUUAAGGUGACAUUCAAAGAGGAACAUGCAUCAUUCUUACACUUUGUGACACAUAUUUGUGCAAUUGUCGGAGGUGUAUUCACAGUGGCGGGAAUAAUAGAUUCAUUCAUAUACCAUGGUAGAAGGGCUCUGAAGAAGAAGAUGGAAAUUGGCAAAUUCAGCUGAUACUUUUGACCAUUGUGCAUGUAUUGCUGCAGAAUCCUGGUUGGCUUUAGGCUAAUUGUUUUGGACGGAGGGAAACAUCGGAACUUAUGUCACUUGAGGGCCAAUGGCUAAAAUAUGAUUUUGUAAAAAUCGUUUGAUUAAUCGAUGUGGUUUUUUAACGAUGCCAUUGAAUCGACCUCUUUUCGGUCUCAGUUAUUCAAUUCUAAUUUAAAUUUUUUAUCAGGAUAUUUGCUCAAAAAACAGUGUAGUUUCAUGAGGCCAUGCUAAUGGUUAGACUUCCGAGGUAAUAUGUAUGAUACGGUUAAAGUGAACCCCGACAUUAAAAGCAUGGAAUGCUAUGGGAUGUUAAUUUUUUGGUGUUCA